UCAUCGUGGUCUCUCUUUAUAUCUCACAGUCUCAUGCUCAUCGUCGAUGCCGAUCCCCAUCGAUCUCCAUCUAGGGUUUCUCCGAUGGAACCCUCGCCAUCGUCUUCCCUUGAUUUCACCGAUUUCCUCACUCGCAUGCGCCACCCUGCAUCUGCUGAUCUCUUUCGAUUCACUAACAGAUUCAUUGUGUCGUUUUCUCUCUGUCGGACCAAUGCCGAAAAUGGUAGCAGCAAGAUACAAGAAUUUCUCGCAAAGAUAGAAACUAUCAUUCGGGAGCAUCCGUUGUGGGUUCAUGCUUCUGAUGCUGAAAUCGAAAAUGCACUUGAGGGUCUAGAGAAGUAUGUCAUGUUAAAACUAUUCAACCGUGUCUUUGCUGCCUCUCCUGAAGAUGCCGAAGCAGAUUUAAGGAUAUCAAAGAAAAUUCUUUUGUUGCAACACUUUGUCAAACCUGAUCACUUAGAUCUGCCUGGAAAUUUUCAGAUCGAAGCAUCAUGGUUGAAUGCAGCAAAAGAAUUGAAGAAAAUCAAUGCUUUCAGAUCCCCUUAUGAGAAGCUUCAGUGCAUCAUGGCUUGUUGCCAUGCCAUUAGCAAUAUGUUGCUAGAAGUUUCAAAGUCAGCAAAUAGCUCUCCUGUUGGAGCUGAUGUUUUCCUUCCAAUACUUAUAUAUGCUACAAUCAAGGCGAAUCCUCCCCAGUUGCAUUCCAACCUCAAAUUUAUACAACUCUUCAGGAGGCAGUCAAAGCUUGUAUCGGAAAUAGAAUUUUACCUGACAAGUAUGAUCUCAACAGAGCUAUUUAUAAUCAAUAUAGAUGCUAGAUCAUUGUCCAUGGAAGAAACAGAAUUUCAGAAGAGUAUGGAAUCAGCGAAACUAGCCAUUGAUGGGCCUUCUAGUGAACCCAUUGCGGAGGUAGAGACAUAUAAAGAUAUUAUUUCCACCAUGCAUUGUGACAAGGAGAUUAUACUAGAUGAAGGCAAAUAUCCAUUUAUGGAGACAGAGGCAGAGGAUCUAACGCUAUCAGAAGUGCAAGACUUGCUAUGUUCAUACAAACAGCUGGUCAAAAGGUACACAAAGCUAUCAAACACCCUGCAUAAGCUUUCUUCGCAUGAAUUUCAGCUCCUUAAUUCUCCCGUAGAACAUUUGAUCUGUAGUGAUUCACUAGACAAGAAGGGAAAAAUUGAACCUUCUGUACAAAAACAAUAACCCUAUACAAUUACAAUUACAGGCAGGUUAUCCUACGGUUGUUAGCUGUCCAUAUCUACUAGUAUCUUCAGUUAUAGUAGGUGCCAUUUCUUCCUUACACCAAAGUACAGUCUUUCUGCCCUUCUUCAGUCUACCACUAUGAC